AUGGCGCCCCGCAGAGAGCCUAAGCCCGUUGUCUUGACUGGUGGUGCAAAACGUCAUGAGUGUCCUCAAUGCGAUGAAGUGUUCUUCUCAGACAAUGCCGACGCGCUUUUUGAGCAUCAAGAGCAGAAGAUCAGGAUGGGUGAAGGUCAUCUGGAAUGUCUCGUCUGUGACGAGAUAUUGCACUCCAGCGAGGCCUGGUAUUAUCACCUGAGAAUGAAUCACCCAGCGGAUCAAGACUUGAACUGUCCAGCAUGCGGUGAACACCACAACAAGGUCUACAAGCUGAUGGAUCAUCUCGUUGACUGUGACAAGGCAGCCUAUGCUGUAGCUCGCAUAGACGCUGCGCGUGAGCAUAGCUUGAAAUUCGUCAGGGAGCUUGGUUACCGUGACGAGGCCCGUCUCAAGAAGGGUGUACAGCUGGGACCCGCCCCUAUCAACAACGAUUUUGGCGAGUAUCUUGGCCAUAGAGACCCUAGGGAUGAACUCACCGAGGAGGAGAAGCUUGCCCUUGAGAUGCAGGACCUGGUAUUGAAAUCUUCAAGUUCGGUUGAGAAGUUUCGCCAGGGCGAUUCCAAGUGUCCUGACCUACUUACUUCUGACGGUAAUUCGGCGCAAAAGGAGAACAACGAUCCGCGUGUCAAGAAGUCUGCCUCAGUGACUGCAGACAUGCCUGCGAGCAAGAGGCUGUUUCCUAAUGCCCCUCCUGCUGUCAAGCCCGCUGCCCAACAGCUUAAGCAGCUUGCCGCAUCCCACGCUCCGCAGAAGCCAGCGCAGAAGCUGGACAUCCGCGACCCCAAUAACCCUGAGUUCAAUGUGGGGAAAUAUUACGAGCAGGUGAUGGGCCUGUACCUAUGCGCAUAUGCGCCCAAGUGUCUCAAAACGUUCAAGAAAGCUGGUCAGCUGAUCAGUCAUCUCAAGAACAAUGACCACCUACCACCAAAGUACAGGUGCCCGUUCUGCAGCAAGAUGUACAGGAGCCUUUCGGCCCUCACUCAGCAUUGCGAAUCACCCAACACCUUUUGCGAGAUUGAUUACUCGUACUCGUACCGCAUCUUUCUCGGCCAGCUGACUGGCGGUGUUAUCGACGUUGACGGCAAACAUGCGGACCACACCCCCAAGUAUAUCAUCACGGAAACGGCAAAGGCCAUGUUUGGCCUGGGACAGAGCAUCCUGACCGACAGGAAUGGCAAGAAGGUUGGCAAGGCUCAGCAAUCCAAUAAUAGGGAAAUCAAGGCCGUCGACGGUCCUCCAGUUUGCCCAACUCCUGAUGUUCUUGAGGCGCACAAAAAGUUCCAGGAGGUGAUGCAGCCUGAGAAGAAGGAUGCUAUCUAUGACGACUUCGUCGACAACUACAAUGAGGAGAAGAAGGAGGCGCAGCAGCAGCGGCUGGCGCAAACCGUUAAUUGGUAA